CUUAGGAGAAGGACUGUAUUGGCUUUGUUGACUUUAGAGUUAGCGCUGGUUAGGGUUCGUAACGAAGGCGGUGGUUUAGUCUACGGCUAUCUGGCUGUGGCUUCUUCAAUUUUGGUUGCGAACCCUGAACCACCUGAUCACGGAGUAGGCGAUGGCGAUCAAGAAGUUAGCUAGAGUUUUGAUGAAAUCUCGGGAAGAUGGCUUGUCUCUACCCACUCGGGAUGAUCCUUCCAUUGACGAUUCCCGUCCCAUCGACAGCCAAGCGCAAGAGGAGAUGGUUCGUUCGUUCGAAAGGGCACAUGAUCAACAGAGUCUUUUAUGGAGGACAGUGUUUGCGGCAUUUCUUUUUUGCUUCGCGAUUUUCCUUCUUUACUCGAUCAUUCAUCAGGUUUCAUCUCCAUGGGAACUGCGUUAUCAUGCUUACUUCAUGGAGGAUGUUAGCUCAUGGAUGAUUAUAGCUGCAGAUUGGGUUGCUAUUUUAGCAUGUUCAUUUUCGAUCAUUGGGAUUGUUAGCAAGUCAAAUUACCACAGGCGAUGGCUUUGGUGCUCGUUCUUCAUUGGCUUCCUACUCUCAGUUUUCUGGUUAUACUUUAUGAUUAGUUUGCCUAGGUUUCGAUGGGAUGUUAUCUGGCGUCCUUUUGGUACUCUCAGCGGGGCUGGAAUCUGUUUGUAUGUGGAUCAUUUGCUGGCCGAAUCGUCCGAGGAAAUACGAAAACUUAGAGGCUAUAUGUAUUCUUAUAAAGCUAACUGAAAACUUGAUGGACGUCUCUUAAAUUUGUAAUCAACUGUAUCCUCUGUUCUUACUAAGCUGAUAGCAUUGCAUCUCUGUUAGUAGUAUGCAAGCCGAGAUCUUAUUUUUUAUUAUAUUCAUAGUUUGAUAAAGCAGUCUUAUAAUCAA